AUGCCAACUUCGCAAUGGCUCCAGCACCCUGUUACCGUGUUCGCCCUUCCUCUCAUCAUUCUCCUAUGUGCUCCACACCUCUACGAGCUGCUUCUUGCUGGCGCAGACCCGUCAUAUGACGAAGCCAGACUACAGAAUAUUGCAAACCUGAUGGACAACAUAUACACAACCCUCGCUAAUUCAACCUUCAUCCCGCACAACGCCAUACGGCGAGGCCCUCACCAAAUCAACACGACGGCCCUAAGAUGUAAACCCCACGCUGCGGUGCUUCGCCUUGUAAAUAUCCUGCCCUAUGUCGACACCUCCCUGGUACAGGAACCUGACUGGAUUUACGGCGGGCAUUUCAUGGACUACAGGAAUCCAGACCAACUCGCAGAGCUCUGUGAUCCCUUGCGCGGGCAAAGCAUUGGAUGGGUUGACUAUCUUUCUCCGUCUGAUCUUGCGCUCACUAACUGGGGUACUGGAGGCUGGAACAACGACCGCACGUGGGUGAUGCUAUAUAACACAGAAAGAGAUGCCAUCAGGAUUUUCGAUGCAGAGGAGUGGGUGGGGCGGCACCAGGCCCAGGAGGAGCUUGGAGAUGCAAUGAAUGAUUGGUGGUUCGAAGACAUGGGUGAAUAUAUAUGGGACAGAUCAGAUGGCGCAUCGCAUAUCCUGAACGCCAUCACAAGCAACUAUCAGAGCUUGAAGUGGACGCCAUGGAAGACGUCGAAUCGUGAAAAUGGCUUCGGCGUCUCUCCAAACACCAUAAAAGCGCUGCUUGAACGCAACGGUUGGCCAGACUCGUUCAACCCCGAUCAAUUCAGAAUUGACUUCAUCCGCGCGAAACACAAGCCCUCAGGCAAAGGUCACGCUGAGGCAGUGCUCAAACGCAUCGACGAUCUCGCAGGAUCCAACCAGGCCGUUGUGAUAGAAGGCACUAGCACAUACGACUCACCGAAGGGCCAGAUACAUUGGACACAGCAGCGUCUUCGCCGCCACCAUGAGGCGCUUUCAAUGACGUCCGAUGAUGAUGAAUGUGCUUUGCACGAGUGGCGCAUCCAGCGCAUAAUCUGGGACAUCGAGGACCAGCAGCACGAGCUCGAAUCCGCCAGAUUAGAUGUUGCGAAGCUAUGUCCAAAUGGUAUCUGUGUACAACAGGAAGACAUGAUCUUGUGGGAGCUCUUUGCUCUCGAGCGUACAUACGAAGAAGCGCGAUACACCAACUACACCCAAAGAUGCAAGCACCGCCUCGAAGUAGCCCCGUCAAAGGAUGCAGAGUGGCUGGAGAAAUGCACAGCCAACGCCGCCUCUCAAAACUCGCGGCUAACCCUCGCGUACGAGCAAAGCAGAGCAGAGGCUUUGGCACACUGUAACAGGACUGGCUGCACGACACUACAGUUUCCUGGCAUCCGUGAACGCACCAACGCGCAAAUCGAAGAUCUGCACCUCGAGAUCAGCCUCGCAGAAGCGCGCAUCAACAAGAUGCAUACAGAACACGAGCAUAAACUACCCGCAAACGCCGUUUCUGCAUCAGAGGAGUUCUGGAGAGACAGCGCGCUCUUGGCGAACGGAAACCGGUACCUCGAAGCCAAAAUUGAGGAGCUCGAACAAGAGCUGCAUAGGCUGGAGAGCGGCGAGUGGGGCUCCAGAGGGAAGAGCUGGCUGUUUGCGCACUUGAGGAGUUUGGAGGCAGAGGAAAACGAGGAGGAGGAUUGA